AUGAGUCUGACAGCCCAGGAUCAUCGAAUCCUUUUAAACGAUGGGAAUAAUAUUCCCAUUAUUGGUUUGGGAACAUACUCUGCACCCAGAAUCACUGCCAAAGAUGCAUGUUACCAUGCGGUGAAAGUAGCGAUUGAUGUGGGUUACCGCCAUUUUGAUGGAGCCUUGGUUUAUGGUAAUGAAGACGAAGUUGGAAGGGCUGUUCGAGAGAAGAUCGAUGAUGGCACAGUGAGGCGUGAUGACAUCUUUUACUGUGGCAAGCUGUGGAACACUUAUCACCCACCGGAGAUGGUACGAGGCACCCUGGAGAAGUCCCUAAAGCUUUUAAAGUUUGAUUACAUGGACCUGUACAUCAUUGAGCUUCCAUUGGCCUUUAAGCCGGGAGAUGUGAUUUAUCCAAGAGAUGAAAGUGGGAACUUUUUGUACGCUCCAACUGACCUGUGUGCCACCUGGGAGGCCCUGGAAGAGUUGAAAGAUGCUGGUUUGGUCAAGUCAAUUGGUGUGUCAAAUUUCAAUCACAGACAGCUGGAGCUGAUCCUGAACAAACCAGGCCUGAAGUACAAGCCAACAGUAAACCAGGUCGAAUGUCACCCGUACUUUCCUCAGCCCAAGUUGAAGGAGUUUUGUGACUCCCAUGGAAUUGUCAUCGUGGGCUACAGCCCCCUGGGAACUUGUCGGGACUCCCUCUGGGUGAAUACCAAGAUUCCCUCUUUGUUGGAUGAUCCUGUCCUAAACUCUGUGGCAGCCAGGCACCAGAAGACCAGCGCCCAGGUUGCCCUGCGUUUCCUGGCUCAGCGGAAUGUAGUUGCCAUUCCAAAAAGCUUUAACCCAGAGCGCAUUAAACAGAACUUUGAGAUUUUUGACUUUUCUUUGACAAGUGAAGAAAUGAAACAGAUCAAUGCUCUUAACAGGAAUGAGCGAUAUGUGGAACUUUUAAUGUGGAAGGAUCACCCAGAAUAUCCUUUCAAUGAAGAAUACUGA